GAGUGCCUUCGUUUUCGUUACUCACAUGGCAACACAUUUCGACAAACAAGGCACAUGACGACAAACAAGUUUUGAGUUUCAGCGCAGAUUCCAACGGUGGAGAACAAUUGAGUACAAUAUAUUUAUCUCUACUGCUUUCUGUUGAUAGACAUUCAGAAAAGUCAUGAAAAUCGAGGAGGUAAAAAGCACCACGAAAACUCAGCGCAUUGCGUCUCACAGUCAUGUGAAGGGACUCGGAUUAGACGAGGCCGGCAAUGCUAAGCAGAGUGCGUCAGGUCUUGUGGGACAGGAGACUGCGAGAGAGGCUUGCGGUAUUAUUGUGGAACUGAUCCGCUCAAAGAAGAUGGCAGGCAGGGCAGUGUUGCUCGCUGGGCCACCUGGAACAGGAAAGACAGCAAUGGCCUUGGCCAUGGCACAGGAGCUGGGUAACAAGGUGCCUUUCUGCCCCAUGGUUGGAAGUGAGGUUUACUCUUCUGAGAUCAAGAAAACGGAGGUGCUGAUGGAGAACUUCAGGAGAGCGAUAGGCCUGCGUAUCAAGGAGACCAAGGAGGUAUAUGAGGGCGAAGUGACGGAGCUGACCCCCUGUGAGACAGAGAACCCAAUGGGAGGCUACGGAAAGACCAUCAGCCAUGUCAUCAUUGGCCUGAAGACGGGCAAGGGCACGAAGCAACUCAAGCUGGAUCCCAGUAUCUAUGAGAGCCUCCAGAAGGAGCGAGUGGAGGUGGGAGAUGUCAUCUACAUAGAGGCCAACAGCGGAGCUGUCAAGAGACAAGGUCGUUGUGACACCUUCGCGACCGAGUUUGACCUUGAGGCAGAGGAGUAUGUACCGCUGCCCAAAGGCGAUGUACACAAGAAGAAAGAGAUCAUUCAAGAUGUUACUUUACAUGACCUGGACAUUGCAAACGCUCGACCCCAGGGAGGCCAGGACAUCUUGUCCAUGAUGGGACAACUGAUGAAGCCCAAGAAGACAGAAAUCACAGAUAAGCUCCGUACUGAGAUCAACAAAGUGGUGAACCGGUACAUUGACCAGGGGGUGGCUGAGCUGGUCCCUGGGGUGCUGUUUGUAGACGAGGUCCACAUGCUUGACAUCGAGUGUUUCACUUACCUCCACCGAGCUCUCGAGAGCACCAUCGCCCCCAUUGUAGUCUUUGCAUCCAACAGGGGCAACUGCCUCAUAAGGGGGACAGAAGACAUCAGCUCUCCUCAUGGGAUUCCUCUGGACCUGUUGGACAGAGUUAUGAUCAUCCGUACCAUGCUUUACACCCUGCAAGAGAUGAAGCAGAUCAUCAAGAUCCGUGCUCAAACUGAGGGAAUUAAUAUCAGCGAUGAAGCACUCAGCCACUUGGCAGAGAUCGGCAACAAGACCACCCUCAGGUAUGCAGUGCAGCUGAUGACCCCUGCCAAUCUUCUGGGGCGUGUUCAGGGUAAGGAAGGUGUGGAGAGGGAGCAGAUUGAGGAGAUCAAUGAGCUCUUCUAUGAUGCCAAGUCCUCUGCAAAGAUCCUCCAGGACCAGCAGCAUAAAUAUAUGAAAUGACCUGUGGAAUCUCUUCAGUGGCAUGUUUUCACUGCUCACUAGUUGUGACAUUUAUUUAAAAUGAAUAGCCUUCCCUUUGAUACCCAUUAUUUCCAUAUGAUUUUGUUUUGUUCUCCCUUUCAUUGGUGUAAAAUGCCAGUUGGUAAGUUCUCCCAGCUGUGCCUUGUUGACAUAAAUUGUUCAAUAUUGGGAUAUAAUUUGACACAUCCAAGAUAUUACAUGUGGGCUGCCAUAAAACACAUUGUUAAACUUCACUUUGUAUUAGCUACUUAGACUUGCAUUACUGUCAAGGGAUUAAACUGCGAAAUGUUGGUGUUAUAAAUAUACUUGUUUUGUGUAACAUGAGUAAAGAGAGCAUUUUUUACAUUUGUAA